AUGUUUUCAAAGCUCUACAUAUUAUAUAUACAAAUAAGAGAAAUAUAAGUCAUGUUGUUUCAUAAUUUCCAUGAAAUGUGGAAACCAGUUUUGGUUAUGAUUAUAGUUAAUUUAGCUUUAGCCUUUGUCAAUGUAUUUCUGAAGAAGGUUCUUAGUGAAGGAAUGGAUCAGUUAACCAUUUUAACAUAUCGACAAGCAAUUGCAGCCAUUUUCUUGGCACCAAUUGCUUGCAUCUUUGAAAGGGAAAGCAAGAUAAAUGGUCAUGUAAUAUGUCUCCUUUUCUUUAGUGCUCUUGUAGGAGCAACACUCACUCAAUACCUCUUUCUUGUUGGACUUGAAUAUACAUCGGCAACAUUCUCAUGUGCAUUCCUCAAUACGGUGCCUGUAUUCACGUUCAUUAUGGCACUCCCAAUGGGGAUGGAGAAAGUGAACAUGAAAAACAAGAGUGGUAAAGCCAAAAUCUUGGGAACUUUGGUGUGUAUUGGUGGAGCUUUGGUAUUGAUCCUUUAUAAAGGAAUGCCCAUAAUCAACCCACAAUAUCAUCCCAUAGAAGACAAAGCCACAACAACAUCAGCAGCAACAUCAAACUUAAAGAAAUGGAUUAUAGGUUCAAUAUUUCUAACUGCAGGUUGCCUCUUGUGGUCUUCAUGGUUUCUUAUACAAGAAAGGGUUGGCAAAAAGUAUCCAUAUCAAUACUCUAGUACAGCCAUUUUGUCAUUCUUUGCUACUAUUCAAUCAGCAAUAUUAAAUUUGAUCAUCCAUAGAAACAAUGCCAAAUGGAUUCUCAAAGGAAAGCUACAAAUAUUGACUGUUGUAUAUUCUGGGCUGGUGGGAACAGGAUUGUGCUAUGUGGCAAUGGCAUGGUGUGUCAAACAAAGGGGUCCAGUUUUUACUGCAGCAUUUACCCCGCUUUUACAGAUGUUUGUGGCCGUGCUUGAUCUCUGGUUAUUAAAAGAGGAAAUUUAUCUAGGAAGUGUUGUAGGAUCAGUCUUGGUUAUUUCUGGGAUGUAUAUGCUCCUAUGGGGUAAAAGUAAAGAUAGAGGAGAGUGUGCCUUGAAGGACACUCAAGAAAAUCAAAAAGAUGAAGAAUGUCACUAACAAUACAACCAAUCCUACUAUGAAUAAUUUUGAGACCAGUGAUCUCUCUAUGCUAAGGCCUUAGAAAUUACACUUGUUUUGCAUCUGUCCAGAAACAAUAGCAUAUGCAUAAGUUUUAAAUGUUGAAUUCACUGAAUGCUACAAAUUCUAUAUAUCAAACAGUUAAAAUUACAAGUGUAUGGAUAUACAAUGUCUAGUGUUAUUAAGCAUACCUUAUUACAGGCAUGUCAAAAUGACAGUCUUGACUUAUUGAUUAUUUUUAUUGAAAAUAUUGCAAUUAAAUGCUUUAUCUUAUUUAUCACCAAAUACCUUUUCUGCAUAACAUAGUACUAAACCUAAAA